AUGUCUUAUCAGACAGAAGGUUUUGAACCAGAUUCGGAAUUGUCCGAGUUUCUCACAAAGAUAUGGGAGCUUGAUGACAAUAAGUGUAACCCGGGGGAGCAUUUCCAGAUUGAUUUACAAGGUUAUGUUGGCUACAAAGGUGGAGACUGGGCAAGGGAUAAACUUUUUGAAUGGGUGGAUGAAGAUACUAUCUUUUCAAGAAGAACUUACAAAGCAUUUAGAGCCUUGUUAGACAACUAUGAAAUGGAAGCUGGCCAGGCUGAGACAUACACAUUUGAGGAGAAACAAGAAACAGUGGAAUUUAUUGACGCUAUUAUGGAAACAGAUGUGAUGAAAGAAACCCAUAAAUUCCUUGCCUCCAAAAAGCUAGCACCAGAGGAAGUUGGAAAUUUCAAGUGGAAAUUACUCAAUCUGUGGUUCAAGUUGGUGCGAAGAACAAAAAACGAUCGGGAUUUAGACUCUUCUAGCUUUGAGCAUGUGUUUGUUGGUGAAACACGUCAAGAAGGAAUGAUUGGUCUUCACAACUGGAUUCAAUAUUACCUUCAAGAAAAGGCAGGAAACAUUAAUUACCAGGGCUACAGGCGUCGAGCAACAAACCUGGAUGAUGAGGUUGAUCGUCUGAUUUGUACAAAAUUCUUAUGGCGUGAACGCCAGGAGAAACCGUCUUGUAGCAUGUUUCUAGGCAGCAGUCCUGAUGAUUGGCACAGCUUAUAUUGUACCAGCUCGCAUGGACGAUUGAGUGCCAUCCCCUUACCAGAGGAUCAUCAAGUUAACCUCAUUAGUGGGCGACUGCUUCAGAUAAAGAGUUAA